AUGAAAGUAGCGGAUAGUGUGAUUAACGAAACGUUGCGUCUUAUCGGUAAUGUUUUUCUCAUGCGAUGCACUUACAAAGAGGAUGGUACGAGUCUCGAUCUUCACGACGGACGGCAAUUGCAUAUUCAUCCAAAAGAUCUAGUCUGCUACUAUCCCACAAUUUCCCAUUAUGAUAAAAGCAUUUUUCCAGACCCAUACAAGUUUCAGUACGAUCGAUUUCUUCACUUGGACAAACUUCCUGGAUCGUACAUGCCGUUCGGUAUCGGUAAAUCAAUGUGUCCUGGACGUUUCUUUGUACGAAACGAAGUGAAAACUAUUCUGAUAACGCUGGUCAAAGAGAUUGAAUUAGAACUCGUCGACUUCAAUUAUCAACAAAGACCACGAUUUCGAAAAGAGUGCGUUGGCACCGGUGUCAUGGUACCCGACCGAGAUGUAAAAGUACGAUACAGAUUCAAAAAACAAUAAG